AUGAAGUAUGUGGUGUACUCUAUGAAGUACGUGGUGUACUCCAUGAAGUACGUGGUGUACUCUAUGAAGUACGUGGACUACUCCAUGAUAUUUCCUGGGUGCUGGUCCUCUGCAGGUCUCAGGGAGCUGACCCUCAGCGCUAACCCAGGAAUCAGCUCCUCCGGCUGGGCUCGCCUCGCCGUCGCCGUGGCUCACAGCUCCCAGCUCCGGGUCCUCAACCUGGACUACAACCUGCUGGGCGACCAGAUCGCCGGGAUGCUGGCGGUUGCCGUGGCAUCCAGCAGAACUCUGGAAGUUCUGGACCUGGAGGGAACCGGACUGACCAACCAAUCAGCACAGGUGUUCCUGGACAUGGUGGAGAACUACCCGACCUGCCUGCGGGUUCUGGUUCUGGCCGAGAACGACAUCAGACCCGAGCUGCAGCAGCAGAUCUGUGACCUCCUGUCUGAUGACGAGCCAGGCCCCGCCUCCAGCGACGCCCUGCAGCCAAUCAGAGAAAAGUACCAGCCAAUGAGAGAAAAGUACCAGCCCCUCUCCUGGCUCCCCCACAGCAGUAAGGGCUGAACUCU